AUGGCCAAAAUGAUCGAUGUCGAUCAAGCCAGACGAGCUGAAAUCUUCAAAGCCAAUCUAAAAGCAGUACUCGCUCACAACUCUGAUCCACACUCGACAUUUAAAUUAAAAAUUAAUGCAAUGAGUGAUUGGACUGAUGAAGAAUCCGAUGCAUUACGUACUCGCAAUAUGAUUCUUGGUCCCAUGAAUGACAAUCAACCGAUUCAAUCACGACAAUCAAAGAGAGUCGCUGUUCCAGAUCAAUACGAUUGGACAAAUCAAACUCGAGUACCUAAUGCGGUAACUCCAGUGAUGAAUCAACAUCAUUGCGGUUCAUGCUAUGCUUUUGCUAUGGUUGGAGCUCUUGAAAAAACUUAUGCAGAAGUCUACAAUAUUAGUGACCCAUUGAGUCCACAAUAA